AUGAAGUAUCUCAUCCUGUGGGUUUGCUUGGGAGUUGCUCUCGCCUGUGAGUUCAAGAGGGGCAAUUUCAAGGCAACAAAGAAGGAAGGUGAAAAGUGGACUUACUUUGAUAUGCAUUAUGAAUGCAAGAACGGGAAAGUGGAAACGACUGGCUGCAGAACUCCUAAAGGGACGGAGUUGAAAGUUGGCGAGAGGACAUAUGAGGACGAUGGAUGGAGAGAGAGAAAUGGCAUGCAUUGCACCAAAGGUGGCCUCAUGGUAGACAAAUAA